AUGUCGUCUUCGGGAAGUUUAGGCACAGGUGAUAUUAUUGGUAUUUCUGUGGGUGGCGUACUAGCAGUAGUUUCUAUCAUUGGAAUUAUUGUGACAUGUUAUAGUUUAUGCUGUAAUAAUAAAAGUCAAUCAAAAGUCCAGCCGAAUCCUUCAUACCGAAAUCAACCGAAUCCUUCAUACCGAAAUCAACCGAAUCUUUCAUACCAAGCUCAACCGAAUCCUUCAUACCAAGCUCAACCGAAUCCUUUGUACCAAAAUCAACCGAAUCCUUAUGGUCAACAGAUAAAUCAUGGCUACUACGCACAACAGCAGCCAUGGCCUCCACAACAACAAUAUGGGAAUCUGGGUCAGAUGAGUAAUGGACAAAGACCGGUUUAUCAGUAUUAA